ACAGUAUAUUGUCGUCUUUGCAUGGUGUAGCUUUAAGCAAUUAGCUGAAACCUUGCCGACAAGUGUAAACAAACAAAUGGGAGUUGAUCCCUGAUAUGGUUGAAAGAUUAAAUAUUUUUUUUAACUAGCUAGCUAACUAUAGCUAGCAAAUUUCAGUUUCAUUUGCAUUAUGGGAUCCGAUUGGUUACAGGAAGAUUUGUGUCAACUGCAGGGUGAUGAGUUAGAAAGACAGUUGGAAGUAAUAUUCGGGAAGGAUAAAGCAAAUCAAUUUAUAAAUCCAACCAUUGAGGACAAGCCACCAAAUACAACUUUGUCUAAUUUUAAGAAAAAAUAUGGCCAUCUUGGUGCACAUGCGCUGUGGCAUUCAAUGCGAAAAAAUUCCAUGAAAAGGCUUUCUCAAAACACCCAAAACCUAACUGAUUCAAAGAUACAAUCUAUCCCAAAAAGUGCUGGCACUUUAAAGAACAUUGAGGUUUAUAAACACAAGUUCGAAUUGAUGUAUCGUAUAGCUCAUUUAAAUGAAGAGAAGACAAAACAGUGUCUUGAUCAAGUCAAGUUACCAAUGAUCACUGGCGAAUUGCUGAUGGAUGCAGGUCCAGAUAAAUAUUUGAUACCCUCUCAACAUGAAAAAGGAGAACGUCAUCUUUCCUUGCCAAAUCUAAAAACACAGCAAAGUUUGUCGUUCGAGGACGAAACUACCUUUAAAAGCAAAUCAAACCAAGCCCUUUGUUUUCUCUCCGAAGGAGAUUGCACUUCUCCUGGUAUGUUUCAAGAACGUAUGCAACUUUUAGGCGUGGAUUCUAGUAUCGGAAUAUCGAAGCCAGAUCAAAAUUACAUUUUGCGUAAUACGACCAACUCACAACCUUUUGUACCCUUAAAAACGUUUGAACGAACAGAAAAAAGAACAAAACAAAAACAAAAGAGUAAAAGUCAUAAAUGGCAGCCUCUUACUCUGAGCGCAUUAGUUGAAUAUACGAAAGUUAUACCAGUUCCGGGUAAGGGACAGUUUCGAAGUGGCAAAGUGAUGGUUUGGAAGCCGAUAUGAUUGGAGAUUUUCAUAAAAUUAGACGUUGUCGAAUUGAAAGUCGAGUUUUCGCUAGUGCGAUAAUCAUUUCGAUGAGUCAAACCAUUACUCCUUACCAAACUAGUUCAUCUAUUGAACUCUAUAAAUACUGUGUUAAAGUAUGAGAAAAAAUAUAGACCUGUACCACUUAAACGAAUGCUUUAUCAGAAACAUUCGGAAAAAAAUGAUUUUGGCGGUUGUUUUUUUUUUAAAGAGUUUUGUUAUACGCAAAAUUUAAUUCUACAAACUUUUUAAAUUUGAUUUUUAAUUAAUUCCUUGAAAAAAUCUGGAAAAUUCGUGUUUUUUAAGCGCGAGAUUCUCUGACAAAGUAACUUUCAGCACAUCCAAUAAUUACUAUGGUGAUAUAGCUAUGAUUUGCGAGACUGUUUUUGUGAAGUACGAAUAAAAUUAUCAUAAAAUAUUCAAAA